GAGAGCUAGGUUAUGAAGACAUCAUGACUUCACGAAAAACGCAGCAAGAAAUUGACAAGACCUUCAAGAAGGUCAGCGAAGGCAUACAGUCCUUCGAAGGCAUAUAUGACAAGAUCCGAAGCUCCAGCAACGCCGCUCAACGAGACAAGCUCGAGGACAACCUGAAACGAGAGAUCAAGAAACUCCAGCGGUUUAGAGAUCAGAUAAAGACCUGGGCGGCCGGUAAUGAGGUCAAAGACAAGAGUCCGCUACUGGAACAACGGCGAGCCAUAGAAACAUGCAUGGAACAAUUCAAAGCUGUAGAAAAGGAGAUGAAGACCAAGGCAUACUCGAAAGAGGGGCUUUCGGCUGCAGCUCGCCUGGACCCGAAGGAGAAAGAGAAAGCGGACACGUGUGAUUUCCUCUCGUCAACGGUCGAUAUUCUACAGCAGAAGAUAGAGGCCAUGGAAGCGGAGGAGGAGGCCAUACAGGCAUCAAUGAAGAAGGGCAAAAAGGAUAUCGCCAAAUCGAACCGGUUAGCGGACAUCGAACGGUUAUCGGAACGACAUAAGUGGCACGUUGGGAAGCUGGAACUACUCUUACGAUCCUUACAGAAUGGCAAUGUCGAAACGCAACAAGUGCUCGAUGCCCAAGAGGCGAUAAAAUACUACGCUGAGGAUGGUCACAAUGCCGACUUCUGCGGUGAGGACGAAACAAUCUACGACGACCUCCCCCUGGGAGACGAAGAAGUUCAGUUCGGUAUGAACAACGACAACGACCGAGUAUCAUCACAAGACACCCAAUCGAUACAGGACGACGACGUAGAUUCCCGACAAGCGAACAAGGGCAAAUCGGAUUCAGGUCCUGCAAGACGGUCGUCAACGCAGAUGAAAUCUCCCCUACCAGUCCUUGCCACCCUCCAUCUCAACGGCCCUUCAUCAUCUUCGACAAGCUCAAUGAAACCGGCACCUCCUCCCGCACGAUUACCUGGAGAGACUCUCAAAUACGCUUCUGCUGCUGCCGCCGCAGCUGCGAGUGAUAAAGCGGGUGUUGGGAUAGCACCCCUCCCUCCACCACCAGGUGCAAGCCCCGCCAUAUCAGCAGCACAGCUCGCUUCCAAAGCGUCGUCAAUGGCAUCGCCCCUGGUACAAUCUGCACAGCCAGUCCAGGUACAGAGGCUGAUGUCCUCCGCGGGCAGCGCAGACGAGUCAGGCAGUCAGUCGAAAUCGCCUACCUUAAGUCCGAGUGUGACAGCAGCUAGUCGACCGGGGACCAUGCCCCCGACACCUGCCAUGUCGAAAAUAGAAACAUCCGCAGGGCCUUCAGUGUCAAACACGCCAGCAACAGCAUCUAACAAGGAUCGUACAGUUACCAACGGCCAAGCAAAGGGGAAGAGCGGAGAAGAGUCAGCUGCAGACGAAUCGGUAUACCAUCUUCCUCCCGGUCUUCAAGAUCUGAUUCACUCCUUCGAGGUGACCAAGUCAAGGUCCACGGCUCCCCAGUCAACCUCUGUACAACGGUUAUUGGUAGCCUCACAUAGUACAUGCCCAGAGCCCGGAGAUGCGGAGAAACCCCGUCAUUACAAACCUCAAACCCCAUACACAACACCAUUAUACUACCCCCAAGAAACGUUACCCAUCUUUGAUGAUCCACGACUAUACGAGACCGGUAGGAUAGAUACAGACACGCUGUUUUAUCUCUUCUACUACCGUCAGUCCUCGUACCAACAGUACCUGGCUGCCAAGGCCCUGAAGAACCAAAGCUGGCGCUUUCACAAACUGUAUCAGACCUGGUUCCAGCGACAUGAGGAGCCCAAGAAUAUUACCGAAGAAUAUGAACAGGGCACGUACCGGUUCUUCGACUAUGAAAGCACCUGGUAA